UUUACUGUACCUAUACUCUCAAAAAAAUCCCUAGGCAAAACACUUCCCUAAAAUCAGCUAUUUAAUGCAGCCCCUUUGCCAGCUCUUUGCUGUGGGAAGUCAGUCUUUCUUUCAUUUCCAAAACCAGACAGAUUCUUGUCUUGUGUGUGGAACUGAACUUCUAGGAUUCAAGUCUUGAUAUCUAAAUAAUGAACUUUCCUGACCACGAUGUGCUGGGCCAGGCUUUUGAAGAUGCUCUAGAAGUGCUGCAGCAGCACUCUGACAGAGAAAUGCAGCAUCCACCAGGUUAUAAAAACUGCCUGACUGUGAUCAACCAUCACCACCACCUCCGAGCAAGUCCCAGCUACUGUGCAGCACCAUCUGUGGAGGAGCAAGGGUAUAACUGGAGAAAUGUGAUUAACAGUGCCACGGAUUUUUAUGCAGAUGAGGCUGUCUACCAUACACUGCAGAACACUCCAGAAAGUCAAGUGAUGCAUGCUGCUGCUAGCCAGCCAAAAGCAGGGAAAGGUAGAAAAAAGCUUCGACUAUUUGAAUACCUCCAUGAGUCUCUCUAUGAUCCAGCUAUGGCAAACUGCAUCCAAUGGGUGGAUAAGCCAAAUGGUGUCUUCCAGUUUGUCUCCAAAAACAAGGAGAAACUUGCAGAACUGUGGGGAGAGAGAAAGGGAAACCGCAAGAUCAUGACUUACCAGAAAAUGGCCAGAGCACUGAGGAAUUAUGGAAGAACAGGUGAAAUCAUUAAGAUCCGUAGGAAGCUGACAUACCAGUUCAGUGCUGUUGUUUUAAAGAGACUUGCUCCAUCUUAUUUCUUGGGAAAAGAAUCAAUUUAUCACCCCUACAUUCAGUCUAAUCAAGAAUAUCAGUGUGCAGAUGACUGGACCAGUUACAAUAGUUACAUGUACAACAAUGGUUAUGCCUUACAGCAUGCUAGCAGCUAGACUUACCUGUCACAUAAACUGGCCUUUGUUGACCAGCAAUACUUUCCAGCACAGAAACUCGUCUCUCUACAUAGCUUUUCCUUUAAGAUAUCAUACAAACACAUGAAGAGGAAGGUUUAAAAAAUUAUAUUGGCCUAGUUUUGUUCCUUUUGAAGUUAGUGAUAUAUGGUCAUUGCCUAUUGAAGAAAUCCAGCUGAUGUAGAACACAUACUAUUCUAAAUUAUACUAAUCAAAGGAAUUACUGUAGUUUCAAGCUGGUACAUUCAAGAAUAGAACCAAGGCUUUUUUGUCUGGUAGUGGACAUCAAAGAUCCCAUUGUGACAACACUCACUGGAAGUUUUAUGCAAAUCUCCAAUUUAGGUGUUUAGAAUUUAGGUGACGUACCAUGAUUGCUGCAUCCCUAAACUAGAAAGGGAAGAUACUUGCCAACUGUGUGGAGCUGCUGUCUUCUUUUUUCACCAAUGUUCUUUAUAAAAGGACAUCUUCUGAGUGAAUCCCUGGCUGAAUGAUAGGAGUCCACAUGAGGGUGCACCUGUUGAUCAAGUUCUUAAUCCUUAAUUACUUAAAUUAACAUAUCUUAGCACAAAUCCUGACACGUGGUAUUAGGAUUGCCAGGUGCACAUUUUACUGUUGGCAGUGGAUUCACUGGGACAUUGAGAGAGUUAGUAAAGGAUUGUGCUUUUGAUUAAUUUUUCAUUAAGUUUUGUACAGUUAUUCCCCCACUAAUAUGAGGAGCUCCACUUUUAUCCAGCAGUUCUGUACUGACCUAAAAAAAUAGCUUUGCCAUUUAUUUUAGGACUUAUAAAUUUAUAAAUAAAAUUUCACUUCUCCAGCUCUUUUUCUAAAUGGGAAUGUAGCUGGAAAGCUCAGUAAUUUUAGUCUCUUCCUGGGGAAGAAGAACUAAAUUUAGUCAAAAAGAGAGCAGUGUUCCCUUAUGUCAGGAUAAUACCUAUAAAUCUACUAUUCCUCAUACUUCUGUUACCUGAUCAACUUGUAUCUUCAUAUGAGUUGUCUUUUGUGCUGAAAUAUUUCCAUUCAAUUGUGUUCAGUUCCAAGUUCUGCAUUUUGCAGUGUGUAGGCCUGGAUAUUAAUAAAGACAAACAUAAUUUCUAUGGAGAAGUAUAAA